AUGCAGGCUGUUCGUCUACACCCCGCUCCUGAGCUUUCUCCGGCUUACUCUCCUGUAAAUCCUGCACCGAUUUCUUCGCUCAGGUUGGACCGAAUCCCGAAACCAAAGCUAACCAAGCCGGGUGAGCUUCUUGUCCGCAUUAAAGCGACUACGGUUAUCCGUGAUGCGCUGACAUGGCCCGAGACCUAUGCGACGGAGUAUGCCAUUUUGGGACAUGAUUUUUCAGGGAUCGUGGAAGAGGUCUUUGAAAAUCCGGAUGAAGUUGGACCGUUGUUUAUGCCAGGUGAUGAAGUCUUUGGUAUGACUCAUAUUGACCGUGGCUCCGCUUGGGCACAAUACACCGUCGUCAAGGAAGAUGAAUUAGUUCGAAUUCCUAAGAACUUGACCUGGGAGGAAGCCGCGUCACUACCGCUCAGUGCGUUGACUGCAUACCAGGCAAUUUUUGAGCAUGCCAAGAUCCCUCUGCCGGAAUUCCUUGGGGGUAAUGCUCGAGACGGCAAGGAAGAACGGCCAAUUCUCAUUACAGGACAGCUGGAGGAGUCGGCGUUUACCUUGUACAGCUUGCUACGUUGGCCGGUCUAUCUGUAG